UCCAUCCAGUUCAACCUUUAAUCACUUCUCGUCUGGCCCCUGUAUACAAAUGGCUGGAAGGGAGCAGUGCAGGGGCGGGUGGCCGUUUAUAAAUGUCCUCCCCGCUCCCCGUCUGUGCGCACUCCCUGGGAACACCGAUUGCUGUACGGGACCUCUGUGUGAGGUCCCGAUCAUGUGAUCACUGAUUGGCCAAUCAGUGAUCACAUGCAGAGUAGUAAGCGAGAUGUCACUUCUGACAUCAUUGCUUACUACGUGUGAAAUCUGUGAAUGACCACAGAGGUCACAUGGUACAGGGC